ACUCACAGUGCACAGCGUAAAUUUAGUAAAAACAAACAGAAGAAGAAACUAGACUUGACACUAAGGUCACUACGUCUGCGUAAAAAAGUUAACUAGCACACGUCCAGCCUCACUAUGUUCGAGACAUCACCACGCAGAACUCCAUUUAAAAAUAAGUCAAUUUAAGAAGAAUUGACUUACCAGCAAAAUUACAUACAAUUAAUAGCGUUUUUACCAUUUCCUCCACCUCGUAAGGAGACACCUAAUACAUCCGGCGUAAAUAUAAUAUCCGAGCAGUGUAUGCUUAAAAUAAAUAUCCACUUUUUACAACGCUCGGCUUGCUGUUGCCCGACAGCUGGAGUUAAUGUUAAAGAAAGACCAUGACAGGCAUCGAGUACGUUCAAGAAAGGGGCCUAAUUUCAAUAAGAAACCAAAGGUUUAACAAAGUAGAGUGAUUCUAGCCUCAAUUCAGCCGAGUACCAAACCGAGUAGUGAUUUGAAUGGUGUCUGGCGUCGGUUCAGGACAACUGUAUCAGACCUGGCUGCUGCAGAGCGUGAGCGAGUUUCCUGUCGACUCCCUGCGAGAGCGUCGACCUCCGUACCUGCUCAGCAGGAACAACAUGGAGUCCAGAGAGGAGGAACAAGAGGACGACACCCCCAGGUCAAUUCUGGCAUCUGAAGACACUGAGAACGUCAACACCGCCAACACCGGCAACAGUACGACGACUAAUACUACUGACACCACCACUACUACCACUGUCGCUGCUAGUAGUACUACUCCUGCUGCUCCAUCUGUUGAUCAAACAGAGGAGGACGAGGGAACAGGUGAAGUAGUGAAGGGGAACAGCGUUGCCAUGGCAGCAACAGGAGCUGAGUCAACAGAUGAGGAGGAGACGGAGGGAGAGACUGCCGCUGGAAACGAGGAAGCAGGUGACGGAGCAACUGAGGUCGAGUCUCAGCAGAAAUUGUCGACUUCGAUCCGAGAGAGACCAGAUCCUCCCAGCAGUCUGGCCUUGUCAGGGUCUCGACCAAAGAAGAAGAAAGUCCUGGUGGCUCCGGCUCUGAGUCUAUCUUUAGGUCGCAGUGAGUCGACCAUCUCUGACGACUUCCCCUCGGCCUUCCUCUCCCUCUCAGCUGAAGACGACGAUGACACGGGGCUCGACUUCGACCUGGAUGCCAUGGAAACGCCCUCCGAUAGCGAAUCACUGCCCUUCCCCAUCUACGACCUUGAUCUGGAAGAUGACCUGCGGCGUCUCGGCGCCACGUCACACAGCCACACGCCCUUUGGCUCCAGUCCCAGGUGCGGGUCUGACUCUCGGAACUGCUGUGUACCCGGGCUGGAUCAGAGCGGUAUGGGAACUCUGGAGAGGGAGGACAUGGUGGACAGUCAGGGCACCAGAUGGCGCUGUUUCUCCACAGGUGACCCCCCCCAGGAGAGCCGGGUCAACAUGAGCGUCCUGGAGCCGUUUCUCAGGGUGCUGUCCCACGGAGGUUACUAUGGAGACGGUAUGAACGACAUCAUCGUGUUUACCUCCUGUUACCUGCCGCAGAACAGUCUGGAGAAUUACCAGUACGUGAUGGACAAUCUGUUCAGGUAUGUAGUAGGGACCCUGGAUCUGAUGGUUGGAGAGAACUAUGUGAUGGUGUAUCUCUGUGCUGGAGGCCAGAACGACAAACUUCCAGGAAUCAGCUGGCUGCGAGAGUGUUACACCACCAUCCACAGGAGACUGAGGAAGAACCUGAAGGGUUUCUACGUGGUUCAUCCCACCUGGUACAUCAAAGCCCUCAUCACCAUCAUUAAACCCUUCAUCAGCUCUAAAUUCAGCAGGAAGCUCCAGUUUGUCGACAGCCUUCAGGGUCUUUCCCAUUUCAUCCCCACUGAGCACGUGCAGAUCCCCGACUGUGUCAAACAGUAUGACCAGAACCUGUCCAGGUGAAACUUCGCUGGGAUCUGGGAUUCUGGGAUUCUGGGAUCCCCCCGUUACUUUCUAUAGGCGUAUCCGCCUGCUCUUCUCCAACCCAGCAGGUGGAGCUUCCGUGUCUUGCUCAGCGACAGCAGGUCUGUGCAGAGCAGCAGAGAAACCCCCCAUUGGAGGAUCGAACACAGUCGGGUGCCACCGUGCUGCUGCGUUGCCCCUUCAUCCACACGUCGCCUUGCAAACAGUGUUAAUGCUGACGAGCACAAAGUAAAUCGUCCUGCUCCCUGCUAUUCCAGAGUCAAUACGCUAAACAUGUUUUUCAUUCAUUUACGUUUUCUAACUAAUACGAAUUCAAACAUUUCCGUCUUACUUUCAGUGUUAGAGCGAACAUUUCAAACAAACAAAUGUUGUAGCACAACGAAACUGCGGGUCAACAUACGAACCGGUCGGCAGUUUGUGAAACAGUCGCGAGAUUAAUUGAUUCGGCGCGACUUUCGUUGAACGAAUGAAGCGACACAGUUAUUAACGGCAGCAGAGUCUCCGGCAGGUGGUCGAGGUGGAUGGAGGACGUGUAACGAUCAGGACCGUCAGACCAGAGACCGGGUCCACAUCCGGAGUCCCGUCUGUGGUUCAGGUUGGGGAAAGACGGUGGUUCUGGUUCGAUGUCAAUAAACAGGUUGGUGUCUGAGGUCACUGUGACCUUUCUCUGUGUGUUAAACCAGACCAGGAUCUUUCCUGAACCUCAACCAGGUGCUGCGAGAGUCUGAACAGAACCAUGAACCGGUUUAGUGACGCUGGAGUCUCUACAGGGGGAUGAAAACUUGUGUCCAUGUACACAAAUCAAUUAAAAAAAGGUUUUUAAAGUGUAACUUUUAAUCCGAUGCAGUCAAAUAAAACAGCAGCAUGAAGUGAGAUAAUUACAAUAGAGUCUCAUUAAAGUCCACAAAGAGUUUUGGUUUUAUUUUGCUGUUCACAAAUUAUUAUCUUAGCACCAGAUGAACCUCAGAUCUAGUGCUAAGAUAAAAACAUCAUCUUUCAAACCGAACAAAUCGUCCAAAUCUGUCCUUUACUCUGCAGCUUCCUGUUAUCGUGUCUCGUGAAAACACGUCAUGGACCAACAUUUAUACGUCAACACAUGCUUACACAUAAAGUUCAACUCACACAAAAGGUGAAAAGUGUCUUUCCUGUCGCUAAAGUUUCUCUUUCUAAUAUUUUGAAGUUGAAUUAAAGCCAGUGACCUUUGACCCGUGGAAGAGAUUUCCCAUCAAACUCCUGUAACUGACGGUUUUAGGUUUUUCGACGCCUUUCAGUGUUUCCAGCGGGAGUUGAACCGUCAACCCUGCCAGGGUCAGUGCCUUGCUUCAAGACUGAUGACUUAAGACUCAUUUGUUUUUGUCAAAGGUGAAACAUUUUGAUGCUGAAUAAAACCACGAUGGUUCGUUAUUGGGAUCUUUAUCUGGUGAUUUGUGUUUCUGAAAACAUUUUAACAUCAUAAAAACUAAACUCAGACGUUUUGGAGACGCAGCAAAGACGCUGAGGUAAGGAGGUCUGGAGUUUAGUUUCCAUAGAGACGUGAUCUUGUAGGACCUUGACUGACCUGUAGCAGCCUGACGGGACGGUUGAUGUUGGCUGGACGUGUUUACUCAGGAAACUCACUCAGGUGUGAGCGACGUGUCGCCGCGCCGGUCCAGGAUGCCGGUUGGUCCCAGUGGUCCACAGCGGCGCUCCAACACAAAACCCCUGCCAGGCCUCGUUCCUGUCCAGGUCUCUGCAGGAGCGCAGACGCAGCAUAAACCGGAGGGAAGUGCGGAUUAACUUCGCUCUGGUUGGAGGAGGUCGUAACGACAAACGACGUGAACGAACCGAGGAGGCUCAUGGGAGAAAGUGUCUUCAGGUGUUUCCAGAUCAAAGAAAGAAACAUGCCCUUGUAAAGGACCUGCCUUUAAACCGCAGACUGAGACCUGGUCCCGUCCAAGCCAGUCCACCAGUUUACAGCUAUAGUUUUACCCCAGUCUAUGAGAUGGCAUCCACAGACAUCACGCUGGGGGUGGAGGCCUGACUGGGAGUCCUGGACUGGACAUGAUAGAAGCUGAGUCUGUAAAACUGUUGACAGGACACGUCCGCCUGCA